CUCCACAUGCUCAAGGAUGCCUUGCGCAUAACGGAAAUCCGGAGCAGCCAGGGAGUCACUGUGUCGGCAGAGGAAGCUCUAUUGAUGGGUCUGCGCAGACUUGCGUACCCCAAUAGAUGGUGGGAUUUAGAGCCCCUUUUCGGCCGACACGCGUCCGCAAUGUCAAGCAUCGUGAGCAUACUGUUCAAUCAUAUUGACAGCUCAUUCGGCCAUCUGCUGGACGACUUGAAUAACCACAGCUGGCUGCGUCUCAGUGACCUGGAGGAUUUUUCCAAAGCUGUGGAUGACAGAGGGGCUCCCCUGCGCAAUUGUUGGGGCUUUGUGGAUGGCACGGCAAGGCCCAUUUGCCGCCCUUCAGUGAACCAGCGCAUGUAUUUUUCUGGGCACAAGAGGCACCACGCAUUCAAGUAUCAGGCAAUCAUGUGUGCCAAUGGGAUUGUGUGCCAACUUGAUGGGCCUUAUGAAGGGCACAGGCAUGACGCUGGUAUCCUGCGCGACAGUGGCCUCUACGAGAAGUUGGAGCGGCUAGUGCAGGGUAACUCCUACUGCAUCUAUGGUGACCCUGCGUAUCCUUUGCGCCCUCUCCUGAUGAGGCCUUAUGCCGGUGCUGCCCUCACUCGCCAGCAAGAGCUCUUCAACAAGCAAAUGAGCACAGUUCGUCAAGCAGUGGAAUGGGGAUUCGGCAAGACUGUGGCUGAGUUUGCAUUCCUUGAUUUCAAAAAAAAUCAGAAGCUGCUGCUGCAAAACCUUGGGCAGAUGUACCGUGUCGGAACUUUGCUUGCGAACUGCCACACAUGUAUCUAUGGAAGUCAAACUGGCAUGUUUUUUGGUAUCCAUGCACCUGAACUGCACGAAUAUUUGGGAGUCUAAAGGAGUACAAAGAUGAUAUUUGCCUCCUCGUAGUUUUUUUAAAGGGACACUAAACCGAAACAAUAAAUCAGUUUAGACU